GCUCAUUUCACUUCCUUUGCCUUCCUCUCUACAUUUUCCCCAGAGAUCAGAUCAUUUCACACACCUCGUGAAGAUUGUGUAUUCAUAAGUGAAGAAGAAUGGCAGAUAACCAGUUACAAGUUUUGAAUGCACUUGACGUAGCGAAGACACAAUGGUACCACUUCACUGCCAUUGUAAUUGCUGGAAUGGGAUUCUUCACCGAUGCUUACGAUCUCUUCUGCAUAUCUCUUGUCACGAAGCUCCUCGGCCGAAUUUACUACCACGAAGAAGGCUCCCACAAGCCAGGGAGUCUCCCUCCCAAUGUUGCUGCUGCCACCAACGGCGUUGCCUUCUGCGGGACCCUUGCCGGUCAGCUGUUUUUCGGGUGGCUUGGUGACAAGCUGGGAAGGAAGAAAGUCUACGGUAUGACGUUGAUGAUCAUGGUUGUUUGCUCCGUAGCCUCAGGUCUCUCUUUUGGAGACAAGCCAAAAUCCGUGAUGGCCACGCUAUGUUUCUUUAGGUUUUGGCUAGGGUUUGGAAUCGGUGGUGACUAUCCUUUGUCCGCAACGAUCAUGUCUGAAUACGCUAACAAGAAAACUCGCGGAGCGUUUAUUUCCGCGGUUUUCGCGAUGCAAGGGUUUGGGAUCAUGGCUGGUGGCAUCUUUGCUAUUAUCGUUUCCUCCGUGUUUGAAGCUAAGUUCCCAGCGCCGUCCUAUGCGGAUGAUGCCUUGGGAUCCACGGUACCUCAAGCAGAUUUUGUGUGGCGUAUAAUCCUGAUGUUUGGUGCUAUCCCAGCGUCGAUGACGUAUUACUCAAGGUCCAAGAUGCCGGAGACCGCGAGAUACACUGCAUUGGUUGCUAAAGACGCAACGAAGGCUGCUUCAGAUAUGUCUAGGGUUCUACAAGUGGAGAUAGAGCCAGAACAGAUUUUGGAAGAGAUUUCAACGGAUAAGUCCAAAUCCUUUUCCUUGUUUUCCAAGGAAUUCAUGAAAUGCCAUGGACUUCAUUUGCUUGGCACUACAUCCACAUGGUUCCUUCUAGACAUCGCUUUCUACAGUCAAAACCUUUUCCAGAAAGAUAUUUUCAGCGCGAUCGGGUGGAUCCCUCCGGCUCAAACCAUGAACGCGGUUCAAGAAGUUUUCAAGAUCGCGCGCGCGCAAACACUCAUCGCCUUGUGUAGCACGGUGCCUGGUUACUGGUUCACAGUUGUGUUCAUCGACGUCAUUGGAAGAUUCGCCAUUCAGCUAAUGGGAUUCUUCUUCAUGACGGUCUUUAUGUUUGCGUUGGCUAUUCCAUACAACCACUGGACUCACAAGGAUAACCGGAUCGGUUUCGUCAUCAUGUACUCUUUAACAUUCUUUUUCGCUAACUUUGGACCCAAUGCUACAACCUUCGUCGUACCGGCUGAGAUCUUCCCAGCCAGGUUCAGAUCAACCUGCCAUGGUAUCUCUGCUGCAUCAGGAAAGUUAGGUGCGAUGGUUGGUGCGUUUGGAUUCUUGUAUUUGGCGCAAAGCCCUGACAAGAACAAGACAGACGCAGGGUACCCUCCAGGUAUUGGGGUCAGGAACUCGCUUCUCGUGUUAGGUGUGAUUAACUUCUUGGGUAUCCUCUUCACUUUCUUAGUGCCUGAAUCUAAAGGGAAAUCGCUUGAAGAAAUGUCUGGUGAAAAUGAAAGCAAUGAGCAGAACAACAACGAUAGCAGAACUGUCGAAAUGGUGUAGUUUGAUACAAUAUGUCUUUUUUUUUUUUGUUCUUCUCUUUUCUUCUUGUUUUUGGCAAUUUAAGUUGUUCUUCGUGUGAUAUGUUGCUAUUGAGAUCAAAAUGUUCAUGUAACGA